AUGCGCCCCUCCCUCCUCCCUAGCGCCCUGCUUGCCCUUCUAAUCGACUGGACAAAUACACACAUCCAUACCCACGGAGUCUACGCUCAAUCGAACGCCGCGUUCUUGAAUGAUAAUACUUUGGUCAGGCAGGGUCAGGUGCAGAAUGUGCUCGAGCACGAACCGGUACACACUGCGAGUUGUGAGCAGUCUCCGACAGGACCAAUAGAGACCACGAUGUGCAACUAUGAGAGUAUAGAGAGCGUGAAUGACGAGUUGUACAGAGAGCUACACGAACUCGUACAGACGCCGUUCUUCAAAUAUUUCCGAGCAGACCUGUAUCGUGAAUGUCCGUUCUGGGAGGACAACGCACUGUGCAUGAACAGAGACUGUGUCAUCGCCACAGUGGAUGAGAGCGAGAUACCAGAGAAGUGGCGAGCGAAGGCGCUGAGUAAACUCGAGUUGCCACCAGAGGCGGAGAGGGAAUCGUUACCGGGAUGUUACUACCGAGAUUCAGAUUUCUGCUUCUUCGAUGACAUGACCGAGGGCGAUUACGUCGACCUCUCCCUCAACCCCGAACGCUUCACAGGCUACGCAGGCGUCUCCGCCUCCCGCGUCUGGACCGCCAUCUACGAAGAGAACUGUUUCGGCCAGUCAGAGUCCGAACUCUCCCUAAUGAGCGAUCCUAAAAAGUCGGAAGAAGGGACGCAGACGAUCCCGGAGACGAUGACGGAUCUGUUGUCGGGGGAAGAGGAGGGCGCGCAGUGUUUGGAGAAGAGGGUUUAUUAUAAGAUUGUUUCUGGUCUGCAUGCGUCGAUAUCGACACAUAUCUGCUAUGAGCACUUUAACCAAACGACCGGUCAAUGGGGCCCCAACCUCCCCUGCUUCGUGAACCGCGUCGCCUCCCACCCCGAACGUCUCCAAUACAUCUACUUCAACACCGUCCUUCUCCUACGCGCCGUCGCCCGCAUCGGGCCCUACCUCCAAGCAUACGACUACUGCUCGUCAGGGACACACGAAGAGGACGCGGAGACGAUGCGGAUGCUGGGGAAGGUUAUUGGGAUAGCGGGGGAUGUGGGGAAGUUCGAUGAGACGGUGUUGUUUAGGGGGGAGAAUGCGAACGUUUUGAAAGAAGAGUUCAAGGCGCAUUUUAGGAACGUGACGCGCAUUAUGGAUUGUGUCGGGUGCGAUAAGUGCAGGCUUUGGGGCAAAGUGCAGACGACGGGCGUCGCGACGGCGCUCAAGAUCCUCUUUGAGCUCGACGAGAAAGCGCUUGACCCACACACGAACGCGAACCUCCUCCAACGCACCGAAGUCGUCGCGCUGAUCAACACGCUGCACCGGUUCAGCGAGUCUCUGGCCGCCGUGGAAGAGUUUAGGAAGUUAUGGCGCGAGGCGUCGGCUGCUGAUUCGGAGAAGCUGAUCAAGGAUGCGGAGGAUGCUGCGAAGCGGGUUCGUUUUGUCCUCCUUUAUAUCCCGCAUCUUGACCUCUUGACCUUACAUGCCUUCGUCCUCACGAUUCGUCUUUUUGUUAUGUAG